CACGCCCCUCCCGCUCACUUCCGGGCUGCCUUCGUAACAAUGGAGAAGAUGGCGGAGUGAAGGUUUCUCUGGGCGUAGGAGCCGGAAAAGAUUGAACACCGGAGUUAGCGGACUCUCCUCGCGGUUCACCUUUACAUCCAUCAGUUAACAUGGAGAGUGCCGAUUCUACCGGGAAAGGAAGUGCUGAACAGUCAGAUUCUCAACGCCAAAGUCAGAUGGACCGGUUGGACAGAGAGGAAGCUUUCUAUCAGUUUGUGAAUAAUUUGAAUGAAGAGGAUUACCGGCUCAUGAGGGAUAAUAAUUUACUAGGAACCCCAGGGGAGAUUACUAAAGAGGAGUUGCUGAGAAGAUUGCAGCAAAUUAAAGAAGGACCACCUCCGCAAAAUCAAAAUUCAGAAGAAAACAGAGGUGAGGGUACUGAAGACUCUUCUAAUGGAGAUUCCAUAAUAGACUGGCUAAAUUCAGUGCGACAAACUGGAAACACAACAAGGAGUGGACAACGUGGGAACCAGUCGUGGAGGGCAGUUAGCAGAACAAAUCCAAAUAGUGGAGAUUUUCGGUUUAGUUUGGAGAUCAACGUGAAUCGCAGUACCAUUAAUCAAAAUCUGCCACCUGGUGAACAGUCAGAAGGCUCUGGAGUUGAAAAUAUGGAACUUUCCAAUCAGGGUGAACCUGAACCAGAACCUGAGGUGGAAGCUGAACCUGAAAUUGUGGCAGCAGAAGAAACUCCUGUAGAGGAGCCUGCUCCUCAACGAGGUCAAAGGAGGGCAAGAAGCAGAAGCCCAGAGCAGCGAAGGAUCAGGUCAAGGUAUGAUAGAAGCAGAUCACCCUUGAAUCCAGUUGUUGAAGCACCUCCUCGAAGGGCUCAGCAUAAUUCAUCACAGACUGUUGAUGCUUCUCCUGUUGAAGCAGAGGGCAGCUCCAGAACCAGACAGCUUGUGACUGCAUAUCUGAGCAAUUCUGCGACUGAGACAGAGGGCAGCUCUAGAACUAGGCAGCAUGUAACCUCUAGACAGCAGACAAUAGUUGUUGAUCCUCCGAACCCUAGCACUGUGGUUCCGAACUCUGAGAGCAGAAACUCCCCACAGCCCCCUCCAGCAGAGACUCCAGAUAAUGCAGAGGCUACAGGAACUGGUCAGAGGCCACCAACUAUAGUUUUAGAUCUUCAGGUCAGGCGGGUACGCCCAGGGGAAUAUCGUCAAAGAGACAGCAUUGCAAACAGGACACGCUCUCGUUCUCAAACCCCUAAUAACACGGUUACAUAUGAGAGUGAGAGGGGAGGUUUUCGACGCACUUUCUCAAGGUCUGAACGUGCUGGUGUCCGGACAUAUGUCAGUACUAUCAGAAUUCCAAUUCGUAGAAUACUGAACACUGGCCUAAGCGAGACCACCUCUGUUGCUAUACAAACAAUGCUGAGACAGAUAAUGACUGGAUUUGGGGAGCUCAGUUACUUCAUGUAUAGUGACAACGAUGCUGAGCCUGGGGCCCCUGCUGCUGGUUCUCCUCCUGUAGCAACUGGAGUGGAAACUCAAAACAGUGCAACAGCAGCUCCCAGAGCACCCCCACCUGCACCCGCACCCGUACCUGUACCUGCACCCGCACCUGUACCAGAGCCGGCAGAGCCUCCUAACCCUCAAAUGGAAGCUGACAAUGGAAGUAAUGAUGUUUCACCCUCUGGAACCAGGAGGGAGGUUCGUAAUAACAGAGGAUCUGUGACCUUUGAAGAAAGUGGUUCUUUGCCAUUUCUCAGAUUGGCCCAGUUUUUCCUCCUUAAUGAGGAAGAUGAUGAUCAGCCAAGAGGACUCACCAAAGAACAAAUUGACAACCUGUCUACCCGUAAUUAUGGUGAAAAUGAUGCCCUGAAAACGUGUAGUGUGUGCAUAACAGAGUACACAGAAGGGAACAAGCUACGCAAGCUUCCCUGCUCUCACGAGUACCAUGUCCACUGUAUUGAUCGCUGGCUUUCUGAGAACUCUACAUGCCCAAUCUGUCGUCGCGCUGUUCUGGUAUCGGGCAACAGAGAGAGUGUUGUUUAAACCAAUUGCUAAAACUGUCAACUAAGCGGCUAGCAUUUCUAGGCUGGGCAGUGGGGGAAAAGAUGCUUUUUAUGGCCACUUUUUGAGUGGUGCCUAAACUAGGGUUUUGGCUUGGAGUGAGAUGUCCUUUUUUGAAAUUAAGCAGAUCUCCAUUUCCCCCCCCUCACCAAAUGUUAGAAUACAUGUAAAAGAAGAAGGUUCACAUAGAAAAGUAAACCAGGAUACUGCUUUUCUUCACAAUCUGAAUAACAAAAAAAAAAAAGACUCCACUUACAACCUGUGCUGGAGCAGAGGCUUCACUUUCAGUGCUGGAACGAUUGAUCUGAAGACCCCUUCAGCAUUGAAGGGUGGCUGGACUUUGCAAACUCUUUAAAAUAACACUUUUUUUUUAAAUGAAAUGUUUAAUUUGAAAAGUAGCCUUAAAUGUUGCAAUCUAUAUAUUGUCCCUGCCUCCAAACUUUUUGCCCCAGUAUGCUUUGAACUUUUGACUUUUUCCACCCAUAACUCUAUGACCACAUUGUCAGAUAAGCAGAUAAUGAUUCAUAUGCUCCAUAGACACUAGUUGUGGUUGCCAAAUCUUUUCAUGACUUUAUCCUAAACAAAAAUAUGAACCCAGUGGAAAUGUACCUCCAAACACCUUUUGGUUAUUUCAAUGCUACAAGGAUCAUUUUACUCAUUUUCUUUUAUUCUAGGUUAUGUAUUUGCUGACUUUUUGAAUAUAUUGGCUAAAAAUAACAUGCCAUCUGCGGAUGAUCUCCCAGUAAGUCUGCUUACUGCACAGCUAGAGGCAUUUGUAUUUAAAAAAAAUGUAUUAACCAAGUGCACUAUGAUUUUUGUUAUAAUUUGUUAGCAUGACAUUCUGAAGCAUAACCUCAUGACAAAAUCAAACCUGAAGAAAAGAAUGGUACCAUAAUAGCACCUGUCAGUCUUUUGUGCUAAGCACUUAUAAGUUAUUGAGGCCUGCUCAAUAUGUUCUUCUGUAGUAGUUCGCACUGACAGUAUUUGUAAGGUAGUGUAUUAUAGAGGUUUAUGUUUAAGAUACUAGCUACAAUAUUAUUUUUUAACAUUUUAUGGUUUUUUUUUUCUUUUUCUUUUUUAAGAUUAGUCAAGUAAUGAGCAGAUCACUUUGGUCACAGUACCCACUAAAUGUUCAUCUUUAAAAACGCUCAAAGGACAUUAAUAAUUUUUAGUAGUUGGACAGCAUCUUUCAGUAGAGCAUUCUGGUUCCUACGUCCAGUUUAGGGUCUUCCUGCUUCAGCACGUUGUGCCUUGCUUUCUGGAUGUACUUUCUGUGGCUGUGAAAAAUUUUACUUGGAUGAAUUCAUUGGAUGACCGCUUCAUAUAACAAGCCAAAUUUUUAUUUUAGUAUAAAAGUUCAUCUGUUGAUGAACACAAAAUAUUUUUGUUUUUUUGAAUUUUCUUCCAGGUAUGGAGUGGGGUGUUCCUACCUUUUGAGAGAGACGGAGGGGAGGGCGAAAAGCAUUUCCUUCCAGCACUGAAGGGAUGGGAUAGCCACAAAGGUGUUUAAAUGUCUACGUUUACCUUGGUAAAUAACCUGGGAUAACUUACAGUUCUAUAAACUCACUUUAGGAUUUGUGUAAAUAGACACUCGUCAGGUUUUUCUCAUUCUGUAUGUUUGAAGGCCUAUUUUAAUGGCAUACUGUAGAAAUUGCUGAUUUAGUUUAAAUUUGGAUUAUUUAUCUCGUUGUGAAAUAUAACAAAUGUCUAUGCUUGUUAAAAUAAAAAAUCACUUUGUUUAAAAUGUAUAGCUUUUUGUAGCUGCAGCUCCCUACUUAAUCUUCGCACUGUCACUGCACAGUUAAUGUGUCGCAGACAAUCUGUCUGACAUGACGCUUGCUCAUGAUUCACAUAUACACAUAGCUGCCAGCUUAUGAACUGCAUUUGCAACUGUCUGACCAUAAAUAUAUAAGGGGUCUGGUUCAUGUUUUAAUAUGUGAAAUAUAACAUUGAGGCUGCUAACCUGAACUGGGAAUAAAAGUUUUAAAAAUUGAAGCAUUAAA